GCAACAGCAGAUCCCCAAUUCUAAACAUUGAAACCCAAACCCACACUCCGCCCCUUCCGCCUCCGCCCAAGCCUAACUCUCAAACAAUCGCUACGUUUGUGUGACUCUUCUCCGUUUCUGUCAUAGACUUCUCUUACUUACAUCAUCAUACACGCCAUCUCGGUUCGGUUUUGAACGAUUUCUUCUUCCGCGAUUUCACCUUCUCUAAUCGUCGGCUCCGAAGCAAACCGCAACCCUAAUCUUGAUUGCUCACGGCUUUGUCUCAUCGGAAUCGACUUGAAUUUGGUCGGUAUGUGCAAUAGCCACCCACAGUGGAAAUUCAGAUGAAUUGCUAUUACAUGAAAGGUCCCAUUCAUCUUGCAUCUACAACUUUCCGACAAUUAGAUAGGCAUUUGCAGGAAAACGGUGAUUCGUCAGAGCAAUGGACCCUGGACGCUAUGGUCUUCAUCAAGGAUGGGAAAAUAACAGCUAUCUCUUCCUUAAAGAGCAUGAGAGAAGCCAUGGGACAGCUUUGGAGGGGUAUGGUGCAGCUCAUGAUACAAAUUUUCGGGAUGAUGGAUCUUAUGAUGAUAGGAGGUUUAUAGAUGAAAGGUUCUCUAGGGAUAAUAUCUACCCAAGGGGUGCCUUUCAUCGAGAUGUACUGGAGAGGGAUAAUUAUCCUCCACCGCCAUCAUCAGUUGGGAUGUGGCCUCAAACGAGGAGGAGAAGCUAUGAAGAAGAGUAUUCUUUGGAUAGGGAUAUUAGAAGGCAUGAAAAGCCGCCUUCUAGAUAUGGCGGCCGUGAUCGGGAGGAUUAUGCCUAUGAUGAUUAUGACUACAGAUCUCGUGUUUCCCAUCAAAGCAAGGAGGACAGCCGUGACAGGGAUUAUGAUCACGGAAGACACAGUUAUGAUUCAGACUAUGAGAGGAGUGGUAGAAGAGAUGGUAACUGGAGAAGACGUGAAUCUCGGGAUCGCGAAUGGGACAAGAGAGGUGUCAGUCGUGAAAGGGAUGAAAGCCCUUAUAGAAGGCAUGAGCAUUCCCCUUCUCGUUCUCGAUCUCGUUCUCGUGGUCGUGAUGAUCGGGCUAGGUCAAAGUCCCCUCGAGGCCGCAGUCAUGGUCGAAGUUACAGGGAAGACAGCUAUGAGGACAGUCGUUAUGAAAGAGGUGACAGGAGAAGGGAUCGUGAAGAUAGGCGUCAGAUUAACCAUUCUGUUGCGCCUUCUGCCACUGUUGUGGUGAAGGGUCUUUCUCAAAAGACAACCGAAGAAGAUUUGUAUCAGAUUCUUGCGGAGUGGGGACCCCUUCGUCAUGUUAGAGUUAUUAAAGAGCGAAACUCUGGCGUCUCUCGUGGAUUUGCUUUUAUUGAUUUCCCUUCUGUGGAUUCAGCACAAGCAAUGAUGGAUAAGCUUGGGCAUGAAGGUCUUCUUGUUGAUGGAAGGAAGCUCUUCUUUGAGUACAGUAGUAAGCCAACUGGUUCUAACGGAUCUCUUGGGAUGGACAGUGGAUCAAGAUCAGGCCAUGGUACCUAUAGAAGUAUGAUGGUGCCAUCUGAUUGGAUGUGCACAAUAUGUGGCUGUGUCAAUUUUGCCCGAAGGACAUCUUGUUUUCAGUGUAAUGAACCAAGAACAGAAGAUGCUCCCCCUGCUGAUAUGGCAUCAUCAAAUUUUAAUCCGGCUGGCAAGAGAGGGGAAUCAGGCCCAACACAUGUUCUUGUUGUCCGUGGAUUGGAUGAAAAUGCUGAUGAGGAAAUGCUACGCUAUGAAUUUUCUAAACAUGCCCCUAUUAAGGAUUUGCGGUUAGUUAGAGACAAAUUCACGCAUGUUUCAAGAGGAUUUGCAUUUAUCCAUUUCUAUUCUGUUGAGGAUGCCACUAAAGCUCUUGAAGCAACAAAUGGUACUACUUUGGAGAAGAACGGUCAGAUUCUUAGAGUUGCCUAUGCCAAAAGUAUUGUUGGGCCUGGAUCAGCUGUUUCAGGAGCUUCUCAGUCGAGCAGUCUUGCUGCAGCUGCAAUUGAAGCAGCUACAUUUGCUCAGCAGUAUGAUGCUGUUGGCUGGGCACCUAAAGAAUACAAUCCGGAGGACAACCAAUCUGGUGGAGGUCAUGGGCAGAGUGGACAUGUUGCAGGAGAAACAGAUUCUUCAGCUCCACAAUCUGGUUUUGUGUGGGACGAAGCCUCUGGUUAUUACUACGAUGCUACUUCUGGUUUCUACUACGAUGGAACUACAGGUCUAUAUUAUGAUGGGAAUAAUGGUCUUUGGUAUUCUUAUGAUCAACAAACUCAGCAGUAUAUUCCUUGUAAUGAUCAGAAUGGCAAGACAUCUGAAAAACAAAUUGAUGCUUCUAAGACAUCAGAUGCUUCUAAUAAUCGAAAAGUCAUCAUUUCUGCACCAGCUGCUACCAUAACAUCAAAUGAGAAAGCUGCUUCAUUACCAGAUGCUGUCCAGGCUGCAGCUGCUGCUGCGCUAGCAGCUGAGAAGAAAGAAAAGGAGAAACUUAAAGAGAUCAAACUUGCUUCCAAAAGUAGCAUAAUGGCUAACAAGAAGAAGAUGAAUAAUGUCUUAACCAUGUGGAAGCAAAGAAGUAAUGAAGGACAAGCACCACGAGUGGCUCUCGAGGACAAUCAGCCGUCCGCAUCAGUUGAAGAGAGAUCUAACCCAGCAUCAUCUAUGAAGAGCAAAUUAAUAAAUGAAGGACUGGUAGCAAAAGAGAAUGUUAUAGCUUCUGCAGGAAUGAUGAGUGCCUCAACUCAAUCUGCUGGCAUUGAAUCCCAGAACAGGACAAAGCCCAUCAGCGCCAGUUCUAGUGGAACCUUAAAAGGAGUGAUUAGGAGUUCUGGAUUGGGUGUGGUGAAAUAUGAUUCUGUUUAUAUGGGACCAGAAGGUACACCGGCUUCAUCAUUUGGUGCAUCUUCUGCAGGAUCUUCUUCAUUGACACAUUCAGAACAUUCCACACCGGUUACACCAUUUAGAACCGGCGCGUCUGCAUUAGGCAGAUAUGCACCAUCUUCUGCUACAGGAAGUGGUAAAAGAAGGUUUUCUGAGAUGCCCACCACUUCAGUUACAAACAAAGAACAGUCUCAAUCAACUUAUCGAGAUCGUGCAGCUGAAAGGAGAAGCUUGUACGGUUCAUCAUCGGCUUUUGGGGACGAUGACAUAAAUGCUGGAAUUGUAGACUCAAAAAAUUUAUGUUCUUGUUAUCGUGGACAUCAAGACCGAGAUCCAGCAUAUAGACGAGGUGGUUUGGACUCUAUGCCUUUCCCUCCUGGUGUUGGUGGUGGACGAAGUAGUGGAGAUGCGAAUAUCCAGAGUUAUGAGGUGAUUACAGCUGACAAGGCCAUUGAUGAGAGCAAUGUGGGCAACCGGAUGCUCCGCAACAUGGGCUGGCAUGAAGGCUCGGGGCUGGGGAGAGAUGGGAGUGGCAUGGUAGAACCCGUACAGGCUCAGGCCACAGAAACGAGAGCGGGACUAGGGAUCCAUCAACCAAAGAAAGUGGAUCCGAGCCUGGAAGUUCAGGCAGGAGAUAGCUACAAAGCUGUUAUUCAGAAGAAGGCGAUUGCUCGUUUUCGAGAAAUGUCAUGAUGUGAGUGAGAGGAUAGAGAAGUGCAAGCAAUGGUGUAGAGAUGUACAGAUUGGAGUUGUGUUACUUUGAGUUGUAGGUGUGAUGUUGCUGUGCUCUUAGGUUCAGAGUUUACUCAUUGUAGCAUAUAUAUACAUAUCCAGCGAUAUUAAAUCUUUGUCUCUACUUGUUCCAUUUCGGAACCAUCUGUUGCCCCAUUGCUGUGGGAAGAAAAACACUCAUUUAAACUGUGCCUUGUUUAAUUAUUAUUUACAAAUAAGUACGAUAGAAAGCAGUAUUGUUGGUUC